AUGGAAGAGGAGAAAAGGCUGGUUAAGGGGCGAACAAAUUUGGAGGGGAGUGAGGCCAAACUUGAGCUCACUGUGGAUGAGGUGGUGGAGGAGUAUGUGGGGUCCUUGGGGUUCUCUCAGCUGGUGCAUGUGCUCUUGGUGUCAUUGGCAUGGAUAUUUGAUGCUCAUAGUACUUUGGUGACAAUCUUCACUGAUGCUCAACCACCUGCUUGGAGGUGCAAAAAUGGAUUGUGUCAAGGUAACAGCAACAGCAGCAGCAGCACUGGUUCUGUGUGUGGGUUGGUGCCUGGGACUUGGGAAUGGAUUGGUGGCCAUACAAGUUCCAUCAUAGCAGAGUGGAAUCUUGUAUGUGAUAGAAGGUUUCUGGCUGCUGUGCCUGCUUCUGUCUACUUCCUUGGCUCUCUCAUAGGGUCUGGUAUCUAUGGCCACCUAUCUGAUACAUGGUUAGGAAGAAAAAGAACAGUGCAAGUUUCCUGCAUCUUAACCUCCAUCACAGCUUUUGCCACCUCUCUCUCUCCAAACAUUUGGACAUAUGCCUUCUUCCGUUUUACCAAUGGCUUUGCAAGGUCAGGAAUUGGCAUAUGCUGUCUUGUGCUCACCACAGAAUCAGUAGGCAGCAAGUGGCGUGGCCAAGUGGGCCAAUACGGUUUCUUUUUCUUCACAGUAGGCUUCCUCACACUCCCCCUUGUGGCAUAUCCAACCAGAACAUGUUGGAGGAGCUUGUACAAAGUCUUGUCUUUUCUUCCACUAGCAUAUUCUGUCCUACUCCUCCCUUUGGUCUCAGAAUCCCCACGUUGGCUCCUUAUAAGAGGGAGAAGCAAAGAGGCCCUUCAGGUUUUGGACAGGUUUGCUAGACUCAAUGGGAAGCAAAAACUCCCCAGCAACCUCUCCUUAACCAACCCUAGUGGAUCAUCAAAUGUUACACCAUGCAGUACUAGUGAAGGUGGUGAAACAAGUCCAAACAAUAGAGAGAACCUUUGGACCACAAAAUGGGCAGCCAUAAGAAUGGUCACUGUUAUGUUAGCUGGCUUUGGAGUUGGCUUUGUUUACUAUGGAGUUCAACUCAACGUAGAAAACUUGAACUUCAACCUUUAUGUCUCAGUAGCACUCAAUGCACUGAUGGAGAUUCCUGCCGUGGUGAUUGGUACAUUUCUCUUGGGGUUUACCAACAGACGUUUGUUGUUAUCUGUGUCCUCUUACAUAGCUGCAGUGUCCUCUAUCCUAUGCACAUUUUUUUCCCACAAAGGUGGUACAUCAAAAGUGCAGAACAAUCAUGGAGGUAGUUGGGGCCAGUUGAUUAUUGAAGCAAUUGGAUUCAUGGGGGCUUCCACAACAUUUGAUAUUUUGUACAUAUAUUGUGUGGAGCUUUUUCCUACCAAUGUUAGGAACUUUGCUGUGUCAAUGUUGCGCCAGGCCAUAAUGUUGGGGGCUUCUGUGGCACCUUUGCUGGUUGUCUUGGGCCGUUUGAGCCCUUCUCUUUCUUUCCUUGUGUUUGGAGGCUUUGCCAUUUCUAGCGGAGUUUUGAGCAUUUGGCUACCUGAGACAAGAAAUGCUCCUCUCUAUGAGACUUUGAAACAGCAAGAGGAGGAAGAGAAACACAAUUGGGUGUCUCAUAAUGAUUGUGCCCUUGAGCUAGGAAAAUAA